AGUGAGCUGGGCGGGGCCACGAAUACAAGGGGCGAAGCUUGGAAACCGUGGGUGGGGCGCGGGGGUUCAGCAUUGCAGGUCUCCCCCGCGCCCAGGCCCGUCACGUGCCCUCGCCGGAAUAUGGUGGGCAGGAUGGUCACGUGUUUCACACGUGGCUCCUGCCCCUCACGCGGCGCUGGCGAGUGGCCGCGGGCGCAUUCCAGGCCCGGGUUCCCAACUGCUCUCGGGUCGGUUAGCGAGCAGCUAGGAAAGCUAAAGGCCCCGUUCUCCGCUGAGCGGGUUCCCGCCUGAUUCCCCUUCCUCUCUCCCAGGCCCUCCCGCGCCAGCUGCUUUCCCGGCCUCCUUCCAUCUCUGCUGCUGGGCUCCCCCCGUGUGGCGGCCCUGGGCGCCAAGGAACGCGGUUCUUGUGGACAUGCGGGCGCCGGCCCGUCACUCUUCGCACCCGCUGCGUCAGGCCUUUGCGCCUUUGGUUGCAGACGAAUCCGGGCCUCGCCUGGUGCCUGCAGCGCGCUGGGCUUCGGGCCUGGCCUGAGCCCAAGGCCGCGAGUGGCCAGAUUUGGCCGCAGUGCAGCAUGUGUCGGGUGAAGGCUCGCACUGGCCCUGUGUGGGGCCCCUCUCAGCUGGCACGGAUCCGUACAGCUUUCCAGCUCCCUGACCGCUUUGGGCCCGCUGCAUUGAUUUUAAUGGGAGCUAGUUUGGCGCUUGGAGCUGGCCGAGAGGAAAAGACACCUGGCAAUAGCCAACUCUUAAAGUAAAAGUUGUUUUCAGAGCUGUAAAUUCCAGAUGUUAAAGGUGACUGGCAAGCCACCUCUUCAGGUGCCAUCAACUGCAGCAGUAUAGUCAAUAGACCCAUAGUCAAGCUGAAGAGGGUGCAGAUGGACCAGUGAGGACUUGCAACCAUUUAACUACUGAUGUCACAUCAUGUAUGGAACCCUGCCUAGGAAUAUGGCUCAGAUAAACAUUGAGCAUUAUAUUUAACCAUCUAGAGCUUUACUUUUGUAAAAUUUCCUUUUAAAUAUAUAAAAAGGAUCUAGGGAAAAAAAAUAAAAACCUGUAGGCUUUUAGGUAACAUGCUAAAUGCCACUUGUCAGGCCUGAUCCAGCACCGGCUGAAGUCAAUAGGAACUCCCAUGGACUUUGGAUAUUAGAUUCAUCUCUAGUCAAGUAUAUUUGAGGCAUUCCACACUUGCAGUACUCUGAUGGACCCCAGAUGAAGAUGUUUAAUCAUUUAAGAAUAAGCAGAAAUUCUUAAGAAGUUAGGCAUGGAACCUGUUGCAAGGAAGAUCUUCAAAGGAGUUUUACUUUUGGAAGCGGCUGGGAUUGCUGGAGCAUAUUUACUAUUUUACAGAAUGGACACAAAUCAAGAUUUUAGGCAUACAAUGAACAAGAGAUUUCCAUCCAUUCUGGAAGUUUAUUACAAAAGCAAUGAAUGGGCUGGAGUUUAUGGAAUAAGGGAGAAGGACCAACUGAAAUGGCUAAGCAGCAAAAAUUAGAAGUAAGUAAAAACAGAAGCAAUGUAAAACAAAAUGUCUCAUUUUCUUGACUUUUUGCCUUUGUGUUUAUUUUUCAGGCCUUUGUGUUUGAACUGUUUUUUCUUCUUGAUAAUAUUUUUCACAUCUCUGUUGUGGAGCCAAUUAUCACGCUCUGCUUCCCACUUGAGCUGUUUGACACCUGCAAGGGAAGAGGAGGAACAUGACAAAUAAGAGGUGGAGGUUAACUGAUGUAUCCUUUGAACAUAGUUUGGUAUUUGAAUAAAUUAAGUUCUGAUAAAUUCAUAGAACACCGAUAAAAUGUGAACCAUUGGAUUUUUCACCUCAGAAGAAAUUUUUCCAUUAUGCAGAAACUAUUAUACCUGGAACCUUUUGGACCUGUUGCAAAGGCACAAAUUUUAAAAUUGCUUUCAUGUAUCCUGUGUUAUAGUUUGCCUUAACACUAUUGUUUAAGGAGAAAUACUGAAUGUCUAGGAUGGGAGGUAUAUUUUUUUUUUAGACUAGAGAAAUGAUACAAAGAAUAUAAAACCUUAAUUAUACUCAACACAACAGUUUUAUCUGUUUGAUAAAAUACCUACUUUUCAAAAUGGGGUUACACAGAUGAAGAUUGGGGGAGCGGGGGGGAAUUGUUUUUGCUCCAUGUACACCAAAGCUGGGGUGGUGUGUUUGGCUAAACCUUAAUUACAUCAGCUUUUAUACCAGAAAAAUUCCCACUGGGGAGAAAGUUAUAUGCCUCUAGAAGUUUAAAACCAGUUAAGCUACAUAAUUUAGAAUUAGAUAUUUAAUGAUUCAAGUCAAAAGCUGCAUAUCAUUUCGCAAAAUGCUUGCAAGUGCUGUGACUAAGAAUACAAUUAAAUCUAGACUAGGGUGAGUCCUUAAAAACAAGUACUGUUGUAUUAUACAUCAUGUACUUACAUAAAAUAAAGUUAUACAGGAGCAGUGGCUCAG